AUGGUAUCUCAUCGCAAUCUGCCCGAGAGGAAGAAUCCUCUUCUCGAGCCUACCGAUGCCACGGCUGUGGAAAUUCUCAUCGAGAGACGCCGACUGGGACAGACAAACCUCGGCGUAAAGCCCGGCGUCAGUGGUCUUACCAAUGCGACCAAGCCGGAGAACAUGGGCACGUUUGACUACGCGCAUCUGAGGGUUCCGUUGCCAAAGGACCUGACGGGAUCCGGCAUCUUCACACUGAACAAGACCUCGGCUUUCCCCGAAUCUUACUUCCUGAUGCGACGCAGCAGCGAUGGCUACAUCAGUGCAACAGGCAUGUUCAAGGCCGCAUUCCCUUGGGCUUCGCUCGCAGAAGAGGAGUUGGAGCGAAAGUACCAAAAGACUUUCCCUUCCGCGGGCGCCGAAGAGGUUGCCGGAAGCGUGUGGAUUGCGCCCGAAGAGGCUCUUGCUCUGUCUGAUGAAUACUCUAUGCGCCACUGGAUCGAGGCACUCUUGGACCCCGCGCCAAUCGAGAAGGGCAACAAGGAUAAAUCAAACACCCACAUUCAAAUGCCUCCCAAGUUCGAUGUCGCAAACGCCACACCUGCGACUCUCCCCGCACCUGGUCUUCGCACAACCCGCGCGCGCUCAGCUCGAUCUGUAUCACCUAGCAGAGGCGCAACCCCUAGCCGAAAGUUUGCGACUCCACGAAAGUCACGAGCUACAAGAAGUGCGAUGAAGCCUGAACUCACCAAGGCCGACGAGGUCGUUACUCCAUCGAGUGCUCUGCAAACCAUAAUCGCAAACGGUGCGACACCUUCCGAGUCAGUCGCAUCAUCUGUCGAUGGCGACUUCAAGGAGAAGGAGGUGGCAAUCGAAAAAGCAGAGCCAGACGUCAAGGAGGGUACAGUCCACAUCGAAGUCGAGCAGACCGUUGAGACAAACGGAGACACCGAAAAGACGAGCACCAAUGUCACUGUGGACGUCCCGCAUAGCCACGCAGCGCUUCCCGAGCCGGAAGACCCUACCGCUAUGAUUGAGGAGGCUAAGCGAAUGGUCGCAGAAGCACAAAGGCUAGACGGCGGAUCGUCGGCCCAGGUCACCAAGUCGACAAAGCGCGGAAUUGAAGAUGUCUUGGAUGUUGAAGAUCUCGCCGAGGAGCGCUUGACCAAACUUGCAAAGGUCGCAUACACCACCGAGCAAAAGAUGACCAAGGAGAAGGUUACACGGAGAGCACUUGUUGGUGUGGGUGUCAUGGCAAUCAUUGGCACUGCGUUCCAAUACUUUGUAUAG